GCGCGCGCGGAAAACAACCUGGCUUUAGAGUGGCAACUGACAAAGGCGGGGGGCGCGCUCUGCGCGUGUACAGCAGUCAGAGGAGCUUCCCAGAGCCCAGCAGCCCGAGCCCAGCGGGUGUGAAUGACACCGGAGGCAUCAGGCGCGUGCGCGAACCCAUGGACAUGGCUGAGCUUGGAGCAGACGAGGCCUCUUCCAGGUCAGAGAGUCCUGAGCAGGAAGGCCAAGGCUCUGAGGACAGAUCGUUGCUCCAGCAGAGGCUGGCCAUCAGAGAGCUCAUCAACACAGAAGUCUCCUACUUGCACACGCUCCGACUCUGUGCCUCUGACAUCAGAAGCCACCUACAGCAGCUGCCACCAGGAGAUCUGGACAUACUGUUCUCAAAUAUCGAUGACAUCAUCCAGGUGAGCAGCAGGUUCCUUCACGGGCUGCAGGAGACAGCCUGCAAGGAAGAGGAGCAAGCACACCUGAUUGGUAACUUAUUCCUGGAAUUCCAAGAGGAGUUUGAACAAGUCUAUAAAGUCUACUGUGCCAACUAUGACCAGGCCCUGCUGCUGGUCAAGGCGUACCAGAAGGAGCCAGAACUGCAGAAGGAGAUUCAGGGCAUCAUUGAAGCUGCAGUGCCACAGGCUGGACCUUCGGGUCUCAGUUUCUUACUUGUAAUCCCUCUGCAGAGGAUUACCAAGUACCCCCUCCUGCUGCAGAAAAUCCUGGAGAACACACCUGAGGAUGCCAGUGCCCAUCCUGUCCUUCAGAGAGCCACCUCUGCCCUCCAAGAUGUGAACAGCAAUAUCAACGAAUACAAGAUGCGCAAGGAAGUGGCCUUAAAGUAUACCAAAGUGGAGCAGCUGAGCCUUCGGGAGCGACUGGCCCGCAUCAACACACAUACUCUUUCCAAGAAGACCACCAGACUGAGCCAGCUGCUGAAGCAGGAGGCGGGGCUGGUAGCCAGGACAGAAGACAAGGAAUUUGAUGACUUGGAGGAAAGAUUCCAGUGGGUGUCUUUGUGUGUGCUGGAUUUGAAGAGCAAUGUGGCAGCUUACAUGGAUAAUCUGGAGGCUUUCCUCUGCUUCCGGCCACACGAACGGAGUCUGGAUAUCCCUGGGGGACCUGCGGAACAGUACUGCAGCCUAGCGAGGGACCUUCAGCUCCAGGCCUUCCUGCAGUUUAGGCAGCGGUUGAAAGGCCUGGUGUGGCAACCAUUGUGCAAUCUGGCCAGAGCCUUGCUUGGCCCUCAGAACUUGAUCAAGAAGCGUCUGGACAAACUCCUGGACUUCGAGCGAGUAGAAGAGAAACUCUUGGAUGUGGGUAGUGUGACCUACGAGGAGGAGGCGGCCCGGCACACAUACCAGGCGCUCAACUCCUUGCUAGUGGCUGAGCUCCCACAGUUUAACCAACUAGUCAUGCAAUGGCUGGGCCAGAUCCUGUGCACGUUUGUGGUCCUCCAGAGAGACCUUGCCGAUCAAGUGCUACAAAGGGCGGAGAGCAGCAUGGCCCUGCUGCCUCAUUACCACGUCUCAGAGCCGGACUUCCAGAAGCUGCUGGAGCACACACUAGGCCAGAGCAGUAGCCAGCUCCGCCUCUUUCAGGAGAGCUUUGAGAAGGUGCUUCCACCAUCCACCACUCAGCCACUCCUUCCAGGGUCUGAACACCAGAUGCAGGCUCUCCUUACCAGAUAUGGCCCUGGGAAGCUAUACCAGGUGACAAGCAACAUCAAUGGGACUGGGACGCUGGACCUGACACUGCCGCGGGGUCAAAUCGUGGCCCUUCUACAAAACAAGGAUACCAAAGGCAACAACAGUCGAUGGCUGGUAGACACAGGGGGACACCGGGGGUAUGUGCCAGCUGGAAAACUUCAGUUAUACCAUCCCAUCAUUCCCAGCGAGAAGGAGCUCAGAGGCCAGACGGGGAUGCAUGAAGACUACUGGCUUCCAACCCAAGAGCCCACCCAACCCUCUGUCCCCACUGUCCCAACCAUGAGCCAGGUGGUAGCAGUCUAUCCUUUUGUGGCCAGGAGCACCCAUGAGCUGAGUCUACAGGCAGGCCAGCCUGUGACCAUCCUAGAAGCCCAAGACAAGAAGGGGAACCCAGAAUGGAGCCUGGUGGAAGCAAAUGGACAGAGGGGAUAUGUGCCUUCCAACUUUCUGGCCAGGACCUCGAGCCCAACUCCCUGGGGCUGGAAUCUUCUCUCUUAGCAUGCCCUCUUUGGAACCCCCAUUCCUAAAGGCAGAGGCUUAAGGAUAAAUGUUGCCUGUGUUAGUUGCAGGUGGGGCAUCUCUGAAGAAGAUCAGACCUGCCUGUCUCCAUAGUACACUUCCCACAGCGUUGCCAGGAAACAUCAUGGCUCACCAGUCCUCUUUUCUUUCUUACUGCCUUGAGUUGAGUUACUGUGAACAGUGAACUGUUGGAGAGUCCUGCUCAAGGGGAAGCCGUGGGCCUAGGGUCUGAGGAGAUUCUCUACUGGGUCUGAAAAUGGGUGUGGUCUCUGUACAAGUCUAGACUGUGUGUACAAACUCAGAGGUGGUUCCAGGGAAGAGGAGAAUUUGAAGGUGGAUUAGCCGGUGUGUGAGGCUGAUUGCAAUGGUAUAUACAUCUGGUGUUUUCUUCAGACUAGGAGACAAAGGAAGUUGGCAGUCAGUGCUGGUGGAACUCUGUGAGACAGGUGACUGCUGGCCUGGCGAACUGGGUAGGUGAGAGAUAGCGUGACUUCCUGGUUCUGAGUAGAAGAACCAGGGGAACACAGCUGGCCUAGGUUUACCUCUGAUGCCAUGGAGGCUUCAGGGAGCUGAAGUUGGGUAGAUGUGAGGCCUAAGACAUAGGGCACAAUUGCAGUUUUCCACUUAGGAAUAAACUAAGUCAUGGGACUCAGUCAGGAUGGCACGAGGCUGAGGAUGCAAAGGUCCCUUGUCAACCAGGAAGUGUGACACCAACAAAAAGACAGUUAGUGGCGUCAGGAUGGUGCAUCCAUUGGCUGUCUUGGGCUAGCAAAGUAAAGCAGUCUUACCGUCACCCCUCAUGUCUAAGUCAACAGUGUCUUUUUUCUUAAACCCAGGCUCCGACUCUAAGCCCUGUCAGCAUGGAUUAACAAUAGACACAUUUUGAGACAUGCUCGGUUAGGGGAUUUUGUUUUGUGUGAAUAUCAUGGAGUGUGCAAACUAACAAGGUUAUGACAUCACAAGGCAAUAUAAUCUCAUGGGACUAUGACAUACACACAGUCAUUGUCUGUAGCUGGCUGUUGCAUGGCACAGGCCAUUGGAUGUAAUCUAGGUAGCCAAAGUCCCAAUGCUUAGUACUUUUUUUUUAAAGAUUUUUAAAAUUUAUUUAUUAUAUGUAAGUACACUGUAGCUGUCUUCAAACACCCAUAUGAGGGUAUCAGAUCUCAUUGC